UAUAAAAAGCGUCGCCUUAGCAUCCCAGAGGCAGGCGAGUCGAGACUGAUUUCCCCGUGCUCUUGAUCGUUUCAGCGGGAAGAAGAAAACAAAAGCGAGCGGAGAUGCUUUAUCUGGUCAUUAUCGCGGUGCUGACCGCUGCUGCUUUUGCCCAGGAGGCGAUACCGGAGUUCUGCACCGAGACCACGGAAUGCUUCCAGUUCAAGGUCCUCUGCGAAGCUGACAAGUACGAGCUUCGGCGGUACGAGAAGUCGGUCUGGGUGGCAACGGACGUGGAGUCGCUGGUGUACGAGCACGCUUCCAUGACCGGAUUCCGCAAGCUCUUGAAGUACAUCACGGGGGACAAUGAUGCCAUGCAACAGAUCAACAUGACGACUCCGGUGCUGAUUAAAGUUCCCCACGGCGGCAAAUUCUGGCAGAAGACCAAAUACACGGUGCACUUCAUGCUGCCUGCCGCUGUGGCCGAGAACCCGCCGUCACCUUUCAACCCCGAGGUGUACUUUGUGCGCAUGCCGGCCAUGACCGUGUAUGUGAAGUCGUUUGGAGGCUGGAUUCUCACAGUCACCUCCAAGAUCUACUCUGGCCUCCUCUCCAGUGACCUCAAAGAUAAGAAAAAGAACUUCGACAAUAGCUUCCACUACAUGGCCUCAUAUAAUAGACCGACAAAAAUGCUGAAUCGUCACAAUGAAGUGUGGUACAUGGCGACGGAGAACCCCAACUGUGAGGCUUGAUCCGGAGUGUGAGGGCUCUUCCCUGCGACUCACACCUGACCCAGCAGCACAACCAACGCCCCACGGCUGUGGAGAUCCACCGAGCCCACCACCACCACCCACCACCACCCACGCCGCAUCACCACCUACUACCACCAUCACCCACUACCACCACCACCAUCAUCCAUUACCACCACCACCAUCAUCCACUACCAUCACCACCACCCACGCCGCAUCACCACACGCCAACAAUCACCACCAUCCACCACCACUCACCGCCACGUUGGGGACCACUAAACUAAGGGCUGUGAUAAGUUACAUGGCUCACCGAUCUCACACAACAAGCACGUGGAUGUUCAUGGUACACUUUUAGUUAUGUCACUUUUAAUAUUUGCACUCACAAUAAUUCCAAUAAUCAGUUGCAUGCAUUUUAAAUCUAUCGGGAUCGUGAUGUCACAUGUUGUAACGGCAGUAUAGUACACCCAACAUAUAUGUGUUGUGUGGUGUAGUGGACUUUUUUCAAGUGGCUAUGGAAAACGUGAUUAAACAUUUGUACUCUAUUAAAACAGCAACUAUAAACCGA